AGACUUCGAUCCGAUGCUAGCUUUGACAGUCCUACUCCUACUUAUGAUUCUAAUACCCAUGAAGAAAUUGAUGAAUUGUAUCUAGAAACUAGUCAAAUAAGAAACUAUGAGCAUACGAUUACAAUAUUGCAGCAACAGUUGCAAGAACAAGAAAAUAGAAAGCUUACUAUGAUCACGGAAUUUCAAAGAAACUUUGAAAACCAAGACAAUGAUAAAGUUGAUAGAAAUGAAGAACUGGUCAAGCAUUGGGAUUCUCGGUACUCUAAUCAAGAUAAGCGCAUACAA